GGGUUCGGAAAUCGGUAGUACCUCCUGCCAUUAAUUUUUUUCCGCCUAUAAAUUAAUCGAGAUAAAAUUUGAUGCGGGUUUUGUGUAAUGAAGUUUGAAAAUUAAAUACGACUCUACCGCAGGCAAUCUGACUUACUCGAGUGAAAAUUAUUCUUUUUUUCAUUCUUGCUAAAAAAAAAAAAUUGUAUUCGACUGAAGACAAUUUUUUUGCGACGAUCGUUUUUUCGGAAGUGCAAUGAAUGGCAUUUAGUGAACGUAGAGAAGUGCGAUUUUCACCUAAGAAGUGAAUAAUUUUAAAAAUUGUGAUUUUUGACGGAUUGGUGGUUCGGAAUUUCAAAAAUUAUUAAAGCAGUACGUGAUGAUUGGACCUACGUCAGGCUCAAGCAGCGUGCCAAAUCGCGAAGUUACCGAAAAUCCGAUUCGAAUCAAGAGAAAAGUUUUCGAAGAUUUGGACAUCGAGAAUUUCUGUGAAGAUGUCUACCAGGGCGGGCGAAAACGGUACAUGACUGAACUUCAAGUAUCGAGUGAAGGAAUUUCGCAGAUAUCGAAUGCGAAUUUUUCUCAGACAGUUGAGGAAGCCCUCGACAUGGGAUCCGUAGCAAGACUCGAGGUCCUCGUCGUGGAUGGAACUUGGGACACCUCAGAACUGGAAAAUGCCACCCUGACAGACAUCAGCCAAUCACAAAUAAUUCACACAAAUGGGCAAUUUUUUACGCAAAUUAAUGGGGAAAUAAUUAACCAAAAUUUGGGGGGGUGCCAAAAUUUUUGGGAACCCCCUCAACCCUCUCAGACACCACCAUCGAAACAUUCUUCCACUCGAGGUUCCUCCUGCCAGUUUCCCAGAUUCCAGGAAAAUAAUCCAGGAGAGGAUCAGGAAAAUGGAAAUUUAUCGUGGCUCCUAGAUUUUAAACUCGAUUCUUUCAUCGAAGCUGCCGAUAAGUCCACUAUUCUUAGUCCAAAAGAAAAUCAGUCUGGUCAGAAAAACAGAUUUCAAACGAACAUUCGCCCCGGGCCCUCGACUUCGUUUUCACAGGACCCAAGAAAACUCAAUUUCGAAAUUUUAAAUCCGGGAUUGCCGCGAGAGGGCAAUUCUUUUGGAUCCGUUUCAGAAAAUAGAAAUGUUUCUCGAUACAAUGGUCCGAAAAAACCACCUUUCACCUACACAGAAUUAAUCGAACACGCCCUUCAAGAAAAAGGAGAGCUCACUGUUUCUGCAAUUUAUCAAUGGAUUUCAGAGCACUUUCCGUAUUACAAAAGUAAUGACGACCGUUGGAAAAACUCAGUGCGACACAAUCUGUCCAUAAAUCCUCAUUUUCGAAAAGGGUCAAAAGCUCCUCAUGGAGCAGGGCAUCUUUGGGCAAUUGCAAAUCAGGAAGAUUUAAGAUCUCGUCAUAUUUUAAGCAAUGGAUACAAAACACCUGUGAUAGAGAGCAACAAUUACAGAAAAUCUGAAGUUUCUAGUCAAAUUGUCACGAUGGAUGAAGUUGAAGCCGCUACAGCCAGUAUUGCUCAGCCUCCUGAUGAAGAAACAGAAAAUAUAAUAAAUUCCGUAACUUUGGAACAUUGCGCGGAACAAAUUUUGAGUGGAAUCAAAAGAGAAGUUGAGGUUCAGUAUUUAGUUCCAAUGGCAGUUCCUCGACAGGAACAAAAUUCGUCGCAGCAAAAUAAUCGGGUCGAGCAACAUUGUCCUGUGAAAGAAACAGAUUUUCUAAACCCCGUUUCGAAAGAAGUGGUAGCAGAAGAAUGCGGAUUAAUCGGUGAAGGGUACUUAGUGACCGAUUUGACGCCGGCGGCCCUGGGACUCAAUAUUGUCGAUCCCGACAUGAUUUCUCCUGAUAAUCUUUUUGGUGAAGAACUCAGUUUCCAAUUUUACGAAUUCACCUCAUCCUCUCAACUUCAGUCUGCUUGACACGUGGAAAAAAAUAAAUUUCGUGUUAUUCUGAUUGACGAAUCAAAACUGCAAAAUGUUGAGAUCGUCGAGGAUGUUAUUCUACGUGAGGAGCGAGUAACUUCCAAAAUUGAAACGGAAGUCUCGUCUGAUAAAAAGGAUGCUUUUGAAAAAUCCAGUUCCGAAUUUCGGAGUUGAUCGUUCUUUUUCUGAGGUCUGCGAAAAAUACUCAUUCGUCUAUCCACGCUUUCAGGAACAGCGGCAAUUUUCAGGAAAAGUGAAUUUUCAACCAUAGAUGUUUCCACGAAGCAUGAUUUAUUACUAUACAUUACUAUUCAUUCUCCUAGUCUUUAUAGAACUGUAUGUAAUGUUUUUG